GAGCUUAUCUUUGGGUCCUUUACCAGGGACUCUGUAUCAAAAAUAGCAUAAUCUGCGGAAAUACCAUGAUGUCCACGCCAUGGACUGUGAGGCCUCUAACUCAGCGAGAAGCUGGCCAUGCACCUCGUCAAAUCGAGAUUGACAUCUCUUGCCGGAUCUCAAGGUUCAUCGGGACUAGUCGAAUCUAUAACUACUGACUGUAAAGAAGUUAUCCGAUGCAGAUAAAAUUUAACGCCUUGAUCGAAGAUCCGUGCAUGAUUUGAUCAAUGAAAGCUACCCACCAGUAGUGCGGCUUAUGGAGGAUGUUUUAGAGGCUUUCGAGGAUUUAGCAAUGGCUACCAGAACAACAGAUCAGACCCCUCAAGAAUCAUGCAAUGCUAUUCAUAAGAUCUAUCAACUCAAAAGACAGACCCCAAAGCUUACUUAUGUUUUAAAAUUCUUGGAGGACAAGAAGGUACAAGACAGUCUCAAGUGGGGCGCCGUCACGAUAGGUGGCGUUGUCCGUGGGUGCUGUAGUUUGUCUCCCUGUGGUUGCCCCUGCUGCUAUAGCCGCGGGCAGUGCGGCUACUGGAAGUACUGUGGCGGCAGUUGGAAGUACUGCUGCCGUGAGCGGUGCUGCUGUUGGCGGUGCCACUGCUGCAGCCACUUCAGGAUCGAUCAUAGAAGGUGCGGCUCUCGCCUUAUCUGGAAUUGCUGGAGUGAUAAUCGGUGGGAGCACCAUCGUUACUAUAACUUCAUUCGUGGAGAAAGCAGAAUCUAGUAACAGUACGUAUCUAGAGUUGACUCCGUUUUCAAUUCGGUCAUAUUUAGCCUUGAGUGUAUUACAGAUACCAACAAUGUGGCUUAUAGUGAUCUGUCUCAAUGAUAAAAUCAAUGAGAGCA